UCGUUCAGUUUCAGUGAACGACAAGUUGAGACUUGAGAGACUAUGUGCUGGGCAUAGUGUGUUGUUCCCGCUUUUCCAACGUUAAACCGAUGAGAGAAAAAAAAUAUCAACAAAUAAGCUAAGCACAUAAUCUGUUUCGAGAGACAACAAAUCAGGAAUUGCCCUUGAAACGAGUCCAAAACAAACGUGCUUCUAUUCUCCAACCAAAUCAUACACGCUCUCAAUGAAUUUCCUCUUGUUGAAUGGGAAUAUAUACACAACAUUUCCCCUCGCCACACCCGCACGCUCGCAUUCAACUGUACAAGAGUCGAAUACCAGAUCGACGGUAAAAGAAAUACUUUUUUUCUGUCGUUACUGUGGAUGAGCUUGCGCACACACACUCCCCAGUGUAUUUAUACGGUGAAUUGUGUGUGCCGAUCGCAUUCAAUUCGAAUGCGAGAUUUUUCAAUUGAUAUUUUUCUCUUGCGGUGCAAUUUUCCCAGUUUUCACAGGCGCCUCACAAUGAAUAAAACGCUUCAUAUUCUCCUAUCAUUCGAUGAACUUUGCCGCUUGAACGUUCUCAAUUUAUUGGCAGCAUGAGGCACUGUACGCCACCACAACAUAUAAUUUCAUUCAUCAAUUUUCGAAAUUACCCGUUCAUUUGAUAAGGUAUCAAACCGUCGAAUAAUUACAAUAUUACAUUGAAAAUAAACAUCAAGUUCACUACAUCGGAAUGAGGUGGCUUCAUCACUUGUGCAACGAAAACAAAAGAGAAGAAAAAAAAUUAUAUCAAAAUAAAGAUAAAAUAACCGAAACUUGAAACAAACUGCUAAAGCCCAAAACAAAUCGAACUUAUCCAGAAAUAAAAUUGUGGAUUGUUGCUCAAGUGAAUGGUAAACGAGUUGAAAUCCCAAGCGGCCACAGUACGCUAUGACUGUGUGUGUGUGUGUGUGAGAGGGAGAGAGCGUCCGCAACCAACAAAAAAGAGGAACGAAAAGACGAACACACAUUUCUUCUUCGGUCGGCAUAGCAUACACACAGCUUGUGUGAUUUGCAGCAUCUCGUGCUGUUCAUACACAGUUAGUAUUUCACGCGACGUCAAUAAUAUAGGACGGCGACAAUAUAAACUGAACGCAUACAUUCCGGCCGAAUACAAUGGAAAUGAUGAAGCAAAUUUAGUGUAAAACAGAGACGGAAAGCAUGUGUCGUACAGCUGGUGAACGCCAAAUAAUUUUGUGUGAAUAAUGACAGAAAAAUGAUUUUGAAAGCCAAGAAUAAAAAAUACAGUGAAAAAAGUAUACAGAUAAAUGAAUACAUGCAAUCAAACUCUACGCCACCACUGGGCAGCAUCAAUUUAGAAAUUCGUAUUCAAAUGGGAAGUAGAUUUCUUUCGUGUAAUUGACUGGUUUCAACUUCAAGUACAUCGAGCAAAGUAAAACGAAAAAUUUAACUUACACUGAAUUCGGCAACGAGUAUAUGUGUUGUGAGAAAAUAGCUCAAUGAGUGCUCAAGUUCCAAUUUGUAACACUGACCAUGUGAUUAUAGCUUUGUUGAAGUGAAGAAAAAAAGAAACUCCGACUAAAUUGUAUCAAAAUACAGAAGAGACGACAAUAAUAAACCAGAAACAAAGCGGUGGCUGAUCGCUCAUGCAGAAACGCAUUUAAUUCUUGAACGACUCGUGCUGCAUUUUAGGGAGCAGUUGAAAAAGCGCCAAAUCUUUUUGGUUUCCAUAUAGAGGCUUCUUCAUAAGCUCGAUUUUUUUUUUAAUGAAUUCAUGGAGAAAAACGCCAGCUAAUAAAAUAAAAUAAAAAAAAGGCGAAAAAGUUUGGCAAAAAUAUCGUAGCGGCGUCGAUAGGAAAAGGAAAAAUUUAUUUACAUCUGUGUAUCUGAAGAAGAACAACGAGAAGAAGGACAAGAAGACGAAGAAGAAAAGGGGAAAACUUGGGUUUCGUUGAAAACGUUUCGCUGUGUUUACAUUGGAUGGAAAUCAUAAAAAGUGACGUGCCAUCCACAUCAUUUCAACAAAGUCAAUGACGACAACGUUUGGGUUCGUCACGCUACGAAGCAAAGCAGCAAAAAGAUUUUCGAUAGCUGUGCUCAGGCCAACGACAAACCAAAUAAACAAAUAGGCAUCCAAGUAAACGAAUUAAAAUGGCGUUACCGUUUGAUAUCACAACUGUAGCUGAUAUCAUAGUGAACGGAACCAAUUUCAGCACAAAUGAAAGCAGCAGCUCAAUAAUCAACACGGUAAUCGUAUCAUCGACCGAUUCAUAUGUUGACAUUUUGCAGUUGUAUGGCCCGAAACGCGACCCCUUGUACGUUGUGAUUCCGAUAACAUGCGUUUACAUGCUGAUUUUUCUAACAGGUGUCGUCGGCAACAUCAGCACGUGUAUAGUUAUAUCAAAGAAUAAAUCCAUGCACACCGCAACCAAUUAUUACCUAUUUAGUUUGGCUAUAUCGGAUUUUCUGUUGCUGGUUUCCGGUGUACCACAAGAAGUGUACGCGAUAUGGUCGCGGUAUCCGUACGUAUUUGGUGAAGUGUUCUGUGUAGUACGUGGUCUAAUGGCUGAAACGGCUGCCAAUGCAACCGUUCUAACAAUCACAUCAUUCACCGUUGAACGAUAUUUGGCGAUAUGCCAUCCAUUUUUGCAGCACACAAUGUCAAAACUAUCGCGCGCUGUAAAACUUAUAAUCGGCGUUUGGGUGGUUUCGGUAUGCUUAGCCAUUCCACAGGCACUGCAGUUUGGUGUUAUCACGGACGAAAACAACAUCGAUCAUUGCACAAUAAAACGUGUCAUUGUUGAACACUCAUUCGAACUAUCGACACUGCUGUUUUUCCUAACGCCAAUGACAUUAAUUACCGUUUUGUACAUAUUAAUUGGAUUGAAAUUGCGCACAUCGGGUCUAAUGAAGCGUGAAAAUGGCGUAUCGAUGCAACGGCGAGUUCAUGUGAAUUCGUGUCAUCGGCAACAGGCGAGCAUCGGAACAAGAAGAGUUCUCAAAAUGCUGGUGGCAGUUGUCGUGGCGUUCUUCUUUUGUUGGGCACCAUUCCACGCACAGCGCCUGGUUGCUUUUUAUGGGAACAAUCAGUUGUUCGUUUACGCCGUCACCACAUAUGUUUCGGGGAUAUUAUACUAUUUAUCAACGUGCAUAAAUCCACUGCUGUACAAUAUUAUGAGCAAUAAAUUCCGUGAAGCAUUCAAGGAGACGUUGGCGAACUUCUGCCAAUUAUCGGCAGGAGGCAAUAGCGAGAAGCGUGCCUACCGAAUAUUGUCGCGCAGCCAGCGAAGAUGGAACAGCAAUCAAGAAUCAGGAAACUAUUCUGGUAGCUCAAUCCGAGACGAAAGUUUGCACUCAACCCUUACUCAAAAACAAUCGAUCGAUUCGAUGACCUUGUCACGUGGCCACUCAUUCAAAAUCCAAUCAUCGAAUCAAUUUAAGCUAAAAUCGAAUUUUAAAAGCAAAACCAACGCCAUAAUUCAAAGUCAACAAAGUGUUGAAUUACCGAUUGAACAUACUGAAAACGCAACGAAUAAGAAUAUUAUGUAUAAAAAUCGUACCAUAAAAAAAUCCGAGCCGAAUCUAUACGCAUCGGAAAUUGAUUUGGAUGCUCUGCACGCAAAUGCUGCCAUACCAAUGGCUGAACAUCGAAAUCAACAGUCAACUGGGGAGAUGCUAUCAAUGGCUGCGAACAUCGAAACGGACAGCAAAAAAAUUCGAUUGACAAUCACACCAAUGCACGUACAGUCACGACGUAGCAAACAAAAUGUGUGCUAUAACAAACUACGACGAUCGACCACUCGGCCCAAAAUUUUGCGCACAUGGUUCAAUUGGUUUCGUCCCCAGAAAAAUGCAGCUUUUUACAGUCCACCACUUGAACAUCCAACAAAAGGAAUCAAAAUUAAUAUUCAAACAAAUGACAAUUCGAAUGGCAUCCGGACCGCUGUCAACGUUGAAUCCUUGUCAUCGAACGAGGACGAAGAUAUUAGCAACAUCAGUUUGAGAAAUGUUGAUCGGGCCUCACUGAAAGACGAACUGGCCGCAUACAUGGACGAAAUUCGAGCGAGGGAAAAAAGAUAGCAACGAAAUUAUCAUCAUCAUGAUGAUAGCCGAAGUACAUCAUCGGCACUGUAGCAUCAAACGAUUCUUUCUUUUUUCGUUUAAAGAUCGAGAUUUAUGUGUGAUGCGGAUAAAACUACAUCGAAAUUAAGUUGGUGAUAAGAAUAUACAUAAGUGCGAUGUUUUUUAGGUGAUAAUACAGGUCAACUGCAUUUCUGAGGCAAAAUCAAAGAUUUAAGACUAUUCAAUCAUUUUGUUCUUGUCUUUCUAUCGAUCAAUCGAAUAGUGUGCAUUUCAGCUGAUUCGAUAAGGCUUUAUUUUCUGUUUUUGCAACCGGUAUGUAACUAUGCUGGCAAAUAGUCAAUCAAGUCUUCAAACAGUUUAGUGUAUAAGCUAAGGAAAGAAAAAUAAAAUUAAAAAAACUAUUAAACUGUGAUAGAGUUAAGGAUGUUGAUAUGCUUGGUCAAAGAGUCUAAACGAUCAGCAGAUUUACUUCAUUUCAAAUUUUUGGAUACAUCAACUGCUAAAAAACACGAAGAACACCCACAUAUACGUAGUCUAUGGCUAGUUAGAUAGGAUGAAAGUAAGCGAGCGAACGAGCGAGCGUAUGGGGAGAACUGAUGCAAAAACUCAGUUCAUUUAACGGUUCGAUUGAGAAUGUGCACAUUGUACAUUUCAAACAUUUCAAACAUUUCUCAACAAAAUUGAAACAAUAAAGGUUUCCAGAGGCAUUUACAAUGCAGCACUGCCAGAAUUGUGUAUCUUAUAUGGUAUCGUCUAUGCCUAUAACCGCCUUUAAUUAUCUUUAACAUCUUUAAUUAUCUUUUGGUUGAUACGUACAAAGUAUAAAUCAAAGUGGAAAUGCCCCCCUUGAAGUAGUAUUUCUGCUCUCUACUGGCAACAUACCACGUUCGUACACAAGACGCUUCUGGCGUUGUGAUACGUAUGCUGUACUUUAUGUGUGUAUUUUAAUAUAUUUAAUGUACUGAAAAUGAACCGUAUACCAAGUUGUUCAUUUAGGCGAAAAAAAACAGCACGAAGACGACACGAACAGGGGAUAGAGAGUGAGCAAGCAAGCGAGCAGCGCAAAUAAAUUGUCAUGGUAACUCGCUUAACGUCUACUAUGUAUAAAUGUUUAAGCACCACAACGGUGUUGAUAAAUUAUAAAUAUUUUAUUCGAUUUAAUUGUUUCCAUAUUUGGUCCUGGUUUUUUGUUUACUAAAAUGGCGAAAGAAUUCCAAAAUGAGUAAUUACAACGAAGCGCAAACAAAGCUAAGAAUAAAUUAAAAUUGAUUUCAAAGCGUGGCGUUAAUUUUUUUUCUGGAGGGUAGAUGCGUGGGCAAUAGCGGAGGCGGUAAUGUUCGCGUGUGAGUGUGUUAUGUACUUUAUUCACGAUGGAGUGAAAAUGAAUGCUGUUAUUUCGGCUGCAAAUUAUGUUUUUUUUUUUUUUGGUUGGUGUAAAAUAUGGCAACAAUAUAAUCAAAACGGAGGGAAACAGACAUUUCCCGCCACAAAAUAUGUAUCGCGUUAUUCAUCAGGUGCGCACACAUGCAACCAGUGUGCUGAAGAAAAAACCAAAUAGAAUGGAAAGAAGAAGGAAAAAUACGAACGAAAGAAGAUAAAGUGACGAUGAUAUAAUGUCAUUAUUGUUUUUAUUGGAAAUUCUUGACGAUAUUUGAUAGUAUUCAUUGGAUCAAUGCAUGUCUAAUGUCUACCUAAUGAACGAAUUGAUUAGGUGAUUUUCAAACUCUAAAAUGAAGAAUCAAUUUCUGUUUCUAGAAAUCGACCAAUCCAAACAAAUGGAUACAAUAGGGCAGACAGAAUAAUUAAAUGCUUAUGGCAUAUUUAAAACAAUAUUGAAAUGAUUGUUCACUGUUGAACAUUAGGUUUCUAGUUUUACUAUAGGUUUCAGAAUGAAUAAGCGGUAUCAUAUUGACAACAAAAAUGAUGCAAUUAAAUUCAAUUAUUUUUUUUUUUCAAUA